AGUACUCGCCGAUUGCUCUGGACCAGUAGUGCGUUGAAUACAACUACUUUUCAUCUCUCCUUGGCCCCAUGACGUAGAGUACUCAAUUGAGAGGUGGCAGAAAUUAUCGGACACGCCAAGAAUCCGUUCACUCUCGCUUGUGCUUCGAGUUGUUUGGGUGAGCGUUGAAACUUCAAGGAAGGCCUGCCUAGCUUAUUCUACCCAAGUUUAGCCGCUAGCAAAAGAGAUGAAACAACUUGCGUGGUAUCAACACGUCGCCGAGCAAGUAAACAUCAAUCCCGAAAUGACAGAUGUCAGUCAAGCGCAUUGUCCUGCAUUGCCCAAACGCCAGGGGUCUGCUCGCAUUGAAGAAAAUGAGGAGGAAGAGUCGCCAUACAUGAAGAAGGAGGAGGAAGUAUAUGUCCACAUUAAAGAGGAGCAGGAGGAGUAUUUCAUUCCAGUUGAGAACACCCACAUUGAGGAGCAGCAGAAACGUUAUCCCCUCAUAAAGGAGGAGGCGGACCCUCCAUAUGUAAAAGUGGAGGUGAUAGACGUCUCCAAGUGGACUGGUGAGUCCUUGAAGGGUGAAGAUGCAGGUCCGAGUCAGGCCAGCAGAGGGGCGGAGCCUACGAGUGGCGGCAGUAGCAGUUUAAAAGAAGGAUCCCAAGCAGACCUCAUGGUUCAAUCAUCAGAGAGUGAUGACGCCACAUCACACUCGCUGUUCUGUUUAAAAAAAUAUCUUGGUCCUGAACGACUUGAGUCAGAGCCUCCUGGCUUUAAAGAGGAAGUUAAGCACCCACAAAUGAAACAAGAAGAGCCAGAGCACCCUCAACUGCAAAAGAGAGAAGAGCAACUUCCAAUCAAAAAGGAGGAGGAAGAGCUGCAAUAUGUUAAAGAGGAGGACGAUAUCACCAGGUGGACUGAUGAGCCCUUGAAGAUUGAAGAGGCUCUGAGUGAGACCAGGAAAAGGGCGGGGCCUCCAAGCGGCAGCAGCAGCUCAACAGGAUUGCAAGCAAACGGCUUUAUCGCUCCGCUUUCAGAUAGCGACGACGCUACGUCACACUUGCCUGACAGUGAUGAUGAAGGUCAUGAGAAAACUCACAGUGACGGCGAACUCUGCAAAUGCUCUCAGUGUGGGAAAACCUUCGCUAAUAAGUAUACUUGCCGUACCCAUAUGAGGAGCCACACUGGUGAGAAACCCUUUGUCUGCUCAGUUUGUGGCCAAAGAUUCAGACACAAGGGCACCUUAAAAAUACACAUCAGAACCCACACUGGAGAAAAACCUUUUUCCUGCUCAUUUUGUGGCCAAGGAUUCAGUCGCAAGAGGAAUUUAACAACACACAUAAUAAACCACACUGGCGAAAAACCUUUUUCCUGCUCAGUUUGUGGUCAGGGAUUCAGUCAAAAGCAAACGUUACAAAGACACACAAGAACCCACACUGGUGAAAAACCUUUUACCUGCUCAGUUUGUGGCCAAAGAUUCGGUCAAAAGCACACCUUACAAAGACACAAAAGAACCCACACCGGAGAAAAACCCUUUGCUUGCUCAGUUUGUGGCCAAAGGUUUGGUCACAAGAGCACCUUACAAAGACACAAAAGAGCCCACAACAGAGAAAAUCCUUUUGCCUGCUCAGUUUGUGGCCAAAGAUAUAGUCGCAAAAGCACCUUGCAAAGACACACAAGAACCCAUAGUGGAGAAAAACCUUUUUCCUGCUCAGUUUGUGGUCAAAGGUUCACUGAGAAGGCAAACUUAUCACAACACACAAGAACUCACACUGGAGAAAAACCUUUUUCCUGUUCAAUUUGUGGUCAAAGAUUCAGUCGCAAGAGCACCUUAAACACACACACAAGAACCCACACUGAUGAGAAAGCUUUUUCCUGAUCAGUUCCUGGUCAAGGGUUCACUCUGAGGGGCCGUUUACAUGAUGCGACAAAUGUCACGCUUGCAUUUAUAUGGUCUACCGUCUCUGUUCCGUCUCCAUCCGGAUGAUCACACAAAACAAUGAUGAAAUGAAACGUGAAAACAAUGUAGAAUUCAUGUCAUCCCUAGGGUACAGUGCCGUUUUACAAGGUGACAGCUAAUGAUGCUCUUCCUUGACAGCAACAACCUGCUCAGCCUGGAAGACAACAUACCCACCCACUCCAAGCAGUGGCAUCCAUGGGUUUGUUACUUUAACUCUAAAAGUUGCAAAAAUGCAAACAUUAAAACUAUUUAAAUUAAAAAUGUUAUAAAAUCAGUCAAUUAAAGCAGACCUUCCACCAUGUUUGCUGUUUUCAAUGUUUAGCACCAGCGCUGCGCAUGCCCAAAGUGACGUCUGCGAGUGCUCACAUCAUUGGCGCGAGAGCUUUCCAUUUAUAUCGUUGCGGAGCAAGCCCCGCAAUCAAAUCUUUCCGCUUUGGAGGCCGAAAAUGAAAAGUUUAUGUCUUUGUCUUCUGUUUCGCCUUCACAUGGUGACGGCGAGGCCAUUCAACAACACAAUCUUUGCGUCUUGGUGUCGCAACAUCACCUUGUAAACAGCCCCUAAGGCAUCACUUGACAAAUACCCACACUGAAGGAAAAACCUUUUUCCUGCUCAAUUUGUGGUCAAAAGAUUUUUUCUAAGGGAAACCCUAGAGUGCCUAUGACAGCAAAAAGCAUGUUUAUUUCAUAUUUCACAUUGUAUUUUAUGCUCCUGAAAGAAAUGGACCGCUUGGAUUUGUGUGGAAGCGAUCGAUUUUUAUAAUAUUUAAUUUUUUGAAUUCCGUGCCAUGAAAAUGAAUGACUUCCUGGAUUCAGGGAGAAUUUGACGUCACCAGGGUCAGUAUCUCACAAUACAGCAUUGCUUUAUCGCAUGCAGAUGGACUGUGGAUUCAGCUGAUUUUGCCGAUUAAUUCAUUUAUUUUUCGCAUCAUGCCAGCCCAAUGUGCUACAGGCUUUUGUUGCUGCGCCAGGGAGAGGCGUGUGAGCCUUUUUGGCUUUCAAAAAGUUCCCAUCCACCGUGGAGAUUAGCCAAAACAAGUCCGACAACUGUGGGACCAUUGGACUUACGAGGAAGUGAGUAACUACGUGUUUUGUAUUAUUUCAAAUACUGGAAUCAUGGCACACGUUUUAAUAAGGAGUUGGCUUGCAUUUUGUGGCUAAUUGUCCAUCGAGAAGGCCACUCGGUAGACGACCGCCAGCCCCGUCUACCCUCUUUCUUUGCCCACCAAUAGACCGCUGUUCUCGGGUUGGGCUCGGGCAGCCACGCGGUCCUCCGACUUCGGCCGGCUUGUCCGGCGGUCUUUCUCCAGCUCCUUCCCCGGCAACGAGCAUUCCUGCUCGCAGCAGGGGAACGACGAGCUGUUACUUGCUCGCCGCUGAUCGGUGAAGGCUGUCACCCUCGCCGCCGUGUGUGACAUAAGUUGGGGUAUUUUUGUGCCAUUUUUUGUUUUCGAAAGACGAAAAAGACUGGAGCAGCCACUCGGCGGUCAUUUUCCACCUGCUUCCCCCUCAACGAGCAGCAGGGGAACAACGUGCUGUAACUUGCUCGCCCCCCGGAGGUUUGCCAAUGGGUGAAGACAGUCAACCCCGCAGCAUGUGAAAUGACCCGGGGGUAGUUUUGUGUGUUUUUUCUUUGUAACUUGCUCGCCCCCGGAGGUUUGCCGAUUGGUGAAGACAGUCAACCCCGCAGCCAUGUGACAUGACCCAGGGUAGUUUUGUGUGCUUUUUCAUUUUUGAAAGGGGACAAUAACACUUGGAAACGCCUCUCGGUUCGGGUUAGCAUGUCGGCUAGAUGUCACGCCUUCUGCUUUGUUUACCCUCUUUCCUCCAAAGCCGGGGUAGGGAAUUGACAAAAGCUGGACUAACUCCGGGGGCAUAAAAUAACGAUAGGGAGGUGCUAGAAGUCGACAGUUUUGACCAUUAUGCAGUAAUUUUGCUGUGUCGUACUGAAUAAAUGCAUCUUUAAUAUUUUAUAUUCCAUUUAGCACAAGACUUAUUUGUCAUGACCAUACCAUUUAUUUGGCGAUUGAGAAAAAAUACUUAAAGAAUUUCCUGUAAAAAUAUUGGAGUAGAGAUUGAAAUGACAUUUUUUGCUCUGUCGUAUUUUCCUCGUUCUGAAUCUUCCCUCUCAAUGGGCUGAAUUCUAAAUCAGAUGAAAUCGUGACCUGCCGACGUCAUUCUCCAGCUGGGGACGUUAGAGCGCUAUAAUGACAGGCGGGGCUAAACGGCAGAUUAAAAGACUAAUUUCUCGUCAUCUUCGCUUUGCCAAAUUGUUGUAUCUGGUCGAAUUGUCUCAAAAUAUGAUUCUAAUUCACAUAAUAAUGUUAUUUAAUAUUUUUUAAUGCUGUCACAGGCACUCUAACACAGGAGAACCCACACUGGUGAAAAACCUUUUUUUGCUCAGUUUGCAGUCAAGUUUUCACUGGAAAGCAGGGUUCUCCAACAUAUUCCACAUAGGGCUGUAGUGGGUGCAGGAUUUCUUUCCAACAAAAAUUUGCACCAAUCUAGUGUCUUACAAGUGUAAUUGCAGUCAGGCUCUAAUGAUAGGAACAAAAACGAAGACCCACAGCGGCCCAUAAGGACUGGAUUGGAGACCCCUGCUCUAAAACAACACUUAAAAGUGCAUACAAGAACCCACACUGGAGUAAAACCUUUAUUUCAGCGCAGUUUGUCAACGAUUCACUCAGAAGGAUCAGGUUAAGAGACGUGUGUUGGUGUGAGAAGCGAUGUUUUGCCUGUCGUCCAUGCUGGCUUCAUUUGUUUGUGCAUGCAGGACGAUUGUAUUCUGUGGACCUUCUUCAAAUCCUGUUUGCCUUUUUGGUGUGCUUUAGGGAUGUCCCGAUCCAGGUUUUUGCACUUCCGAUCCGAUACCGAUAUUGUUUUGCACUUCCGAUCCGAUACCGAUACUGGCCGAUACCGAUACCGAUCUAUCUGAGCACGUGUUAAAGUUUAAAGUUAUUUAGCCUCCUUACUUAGUUGUCAGACUCAUGUUGAAAAAGGUUUUAGUAGUCUUGAUAACAACUAGCCAGCUGAAUUAGGUGAGUUUGAAUAACACACAAUGGUUGGUAACAAGAAACUGACCUGUUUAUUCAGUGACAAACACAAAACAUUAUAAAUAUCAAACAGAAAUGGCAUAGUCACUCAGUAAAACGUGCAAAUAAUAUUGUAAACUGUCUUAAAAAAGCAAAACACACAACAACCUCAGUGGAAAAUCCCACAAAUCCCCCAAGCUAUUAGAUGCUUUUAAUGUUUCAUACAUUAGUUACAAAAAUUGUAUAAAAAGCCUCUCAGGUUUAAAUAAACGACUAUUUCAGUAUCAAGUUAACAUUUUAAAACAGUAAAUAAAAUACUGAAGUCCCCAUUCUGUAUCAGCAGCUUUAAACUACAUUCAGUUCAUUUAAUUUUGCGAAUCAACUGUUAAAAGUUGUUAAAAUUGCUCCCGUUAUUCAAUAAUUUCCCUUCUGUCUACUUUCGGCAUGUGAAAGUUUUAAAACUGUUUUGAAGACUUCCAAGUUGUUUCAAUCUGACGUCACUGGACAAAAUGGUGCUCAUGAAAACGUAUUGAAUGAUAACACAAUAAUGAAGUAAAUUAAGUUUAUAUGAGACGCCAUGUAUUUUUUUCUCAUACAGUGAAUUAUCUUUGUUGUGCUAUGUUUUUAUAUUGACGAUCAGCAAAGGAUGUAACUAAAAAAAAGGCUGUCUAUAGUGUGGGCUAUAUAACGCAGCCAUCGUUUUUCCUCUACUAUUUGAUCACUUACAGGAAGGCAGGUUCGCUGAAGGUCAAAAUGUCUUUGGAUGGCCAAAAUAAAAAACACCUCGUCGCGAUCAGCCAUCUUUGUUGUUUACAUUUGCUUGGAACGUUUUGAGGUCGGAACUGGUACUAUCCGAGUGGGAUAAAUCCGACUUCCCACUUCUCUGGAAUGCAGCAUAAGUGUUGGAUGGUGCGUCUUUACUCACGAGAGAUAAUGGCUCGUCAUCCAGAAUGAAUUCUUCGGCAAUGACUCUUGUUAUUCCCUGGGCUUUGGGACUGUCGAGUGCCAGUUUGUCAUGCAUAGCAAAAGUUUGUGCCAGUGUUAGUUGCGUAGGACCUUUCUUUUUGUCUUCGGUUUUCUUAACAUACUCCUUAUAUUGUUUGUGGUGGUAUUUCACUAAAUGCUUGAUUAGGUUGGUUGUAUUAAAACUUCUUACAGCUUUACCACUACGCUUCACUUUAUUGUGGCAUAUGUUCCACUCUGCCUCUUCGUCUUUGUCGUCCUUUAAGGUGAAAUGAUCCCACACAGCUGACAUUUUUACCGAUAAAGUCUCUCGGUAAAUUGGGAGACGGUAAUGUAAAUGUAGUGUGUUGAAGGUGUGCCAUAAAAUGCGGACCGAAUUUUAGGGAAACCGAAGCAAGAACUGGAAUGAAUUAGGUAAAUCGGUGCGCUAGAAAACCCGGAACGGAUUUUGAAAAACUGAUCGGAAGUCUGGAUCGGAAUUUUACCGAUACCGAUGCGCAUUUUUUUCCACAGCGGCGUCCAAUCCGAUCCAAAUAUCAGAUCGGGACAUCUCUAAUGUGCUUUAUCGGAACCUUGUGUGAAGUGUAUCCACUCUAUUGUCAAAAGAACUAGCUCACCUGAUUUAGAAUGAAUUAAUUGCGAUGAAAUUAAGUCGCAUGAUCGUUAGCAAUCAACGAUCAACCCAACUUGGCAAUUGACGAUCAGGCAAAAAAUUUUUUUUUACAAUUUUGUUUACUUGAUUUUUUUUCCUUGUUACUGCUGGUUUUAAAAAUCUGCAAUAAAAGUAUCAAAACAUAGACUGCAGUUUAAACAUUUUAUUCACUGAUGAUGUAAUUCAUAUAAAGUCAAAAUACGCUGCCUCUUGGAAUCUACACAUCCCACAGAUCUCACAAAUACUCAACAAUAAGUAAUGUAAUAAAUGGAUUAAUAAUGUCAAUAUUUUCAUAAUUGCAUGAAUAUUACAAAAAUGUGUAUAAAAAAUAACUGGCUCACAAUUUAGGGUCUUUUUGGCAGUUAUUUAUAAUUUUUAAAAAAAGCAAAAAGAUAAUGUCCCUUCAGGGUGAAAGACACCAUUGAGAAAAUGUUAAUUUUCCAUGACUAUUUUAAACGUGCAUCUUCAGUAACCCGUGGUUGACAUUGACAUGAUAUUGACCCACUAAGUUCAGUGGACGCGCCGGCGCAUCCUGUGCCAUCUUACAAGCUUCAUAACUUGGCGAUUAUGUCACCCACGCGCUUCAUGGACCCCUCAUUCGAAAGUGUGGAAGUUUAACAUCACCCUCAUUUUUACUUGAAGUCAGUAGACCAAGUAAAACGAGAGAUGAUGCUCUUUGAAAGCCCCUCCUCGGUGCUUUCUCCUAGUAAAUGUAAUGAACAACCACAAUGGGAGUACAGUGGUACCUCGACAUACGAUCACUUCGAUACACCAUCUUUUCGACAUCCGACGUAAAAUUUGACUCGACAUUUGUUUCUACAUCCGACGACAUGUUUGAAAUCCGACGAUCUAUGACAACACCACAGUGUCUUUGUUUUCCCGCAAGACUGAUGCAAGGCAGAUUUUCAUGUGAGAGGAAUCAACAUGGAUUCCAACAAUGCUAGUGUAGGUAGUGAAAAAAAGGAAAAAAGGUGAUGCUUACCAUUACCAGUUACAAGAAUGGAAUAGGUACCGUUCUCGCACACACCAUAUAAUUGUUUGCAUUAGUCUAACACAUUCAUCUAACUAUAGUUUAGGCAGACUUCACUCCAUGCCCUUGAACACAGUAAAGUGAAUCACCUUAUCGGGGCUCAUGAGGGGGAAAUGGAAAAAUGGUACCAUUUCUCGUAGGCACCGACUAACUGUUUGCAUUACUCAAACACACGUAAUAUAAUUAAUCAGGGAAUAGUAUAAUUUCUCAUAUUUACUGUAGGACUGAACUACUCUAAACACACCUAAUAUAAAAUAAAUAGCACACCAUAGUUUAAUGAAAAGAAGCAGAAUAGAUACACAACGACAUCUUUUCACAGAAGCCCAACGUGUGCUUCACGAGCAAGAUUGACGCACCAACGAUCGCAAUCAUUUCUCCUGGCCACAACAAGGACAAAGAGCAGCGCGCUUUGUCCUAAAACAAGUAGUGCCAGCCCGGAUAACAAAGUUGAUAGCGGGCGCUUGGGACGUCAAGACCAGCUUUGGUCGCUGUGGCAACCACGUCCCAUCCACGAACCUAACCGCCCAAAACUGGCCACAGAGGGAUGGUCCCGAAACAACACUCAGCCACACCUUCGGCCCGGCCUGCUCCACCACGGAUUUAAAAAACACUGGGCACUAGGAGUGGGAACCUCAGGGCACCUCACGAUACGAUACGAUUCGCGAUACAAGGCUCACGAUAACGAUUAUAUCACGAUACAGCGAUUAUCGAUAUAUUGGUCAGAAAUUGGAUACAACUGUUGAAACGAAAAAAGAAAAAAAAAGAUAUUUAAAAAUAGAAAAAAUACUGUUUAAGUCAUUUAUUAAACAGUGACACCUUUUCUGUGCAACAUUGCUGUAAAAUAUAAAUCUACUGCAAAGUGUGCCCCUGCACAUAUAGAGGAAACCAACCACGACCACUGAUAUCGCUUGGAGAGAUCAUGAUGAAUGGCACCCUUAAUUUCUUUAAAGUUUUAAAUCUUUAAAAAAAUAAAUAAAUAAAAAGUGCCGUAGGCGUCAGCAGUUGAGCUUGGAGUGGGGCAAUGAUAAAAUUGGUGGGUCUUUUCUUCGUAUAUGACCUUUGUUGCUUGGUUUGAGCACUUCCGCUAUCUGCUUCAGCAUUUAAGAUGUCAGACUUGCUCAGUCACAGUCUUCCUCACCUUAAAAACAACAAAAUAAAACAAAAAAUAUUAGCUACUUCAUAGCGUUUGAGUUGAAAUCCUGAUUUUUUUUUUUUUUUUUGUGUUGGAAGUAUUGAAUUAAAAAAAAUAUGAAUUGAAUGUAUAGAUAUUAAAAAUUCAAUAAUUACCUAUUUUUAAUAUGUAGGCUACAUCAAUAAUUACCUAUUUUUAUUUAAUAUGUAGGCUACAUUAAUUAUCAUGCACAUCACUUUAUAUAUCUUGGAACCUAUUCAAACCAUUUUUAUAGCUUAUUGUAUCAAAAUGACAGUAAUAACUGUUUGUGUAGUAAACUAGAUUGAAAUUGGUUCUCAAAUAAAUCGGUUAAUUCAUGUGGGCUUGUUCGAUAUUCAUUUUCAUCCAGUUUAGGGUCCUGGUUAAUUUUAUAUCAUUCAACACCAAAUGUCAUCAAAAUAACACAUGUAAAUUAAAAAGUCAAUUACAUUGCAAAACUUUCUUACCUCAAGUGAUGAAAGCGAAGCUCACAAACUCCAGUGUCCACUACGUCACCAGCUCCCAGUGAAACUUAUUUUUCUUAGACAAUUCUUGCAUACAGCAAAGUCCUUGUUCACCUUACUUCCUUUCUUGUUGGUGUAAAAUCUAAAGUGUGUCCCCAUGUGUGAUUUGUAGCAAUAUUUUUCUCAUUUUUUCCUCCACCGUUCUCACGGAGCUUUUUUAUUUUUUCAACCCACUUGGAGCUCCCUCUCUUCUUCUCUAGACAACUUGUGCACACUUUACCCUCACCGCCACUCCCGAGCGCCCCUAGUGGACCGCCAAGGAAUUGCUCAACAAACAUUGAGCAGUUUACAGCAUCCAUACUCCAUUGUAUGGCCAAUAUGUUAAAUAAAAGUAUCGAUUCUUGGCGGGAGCAUAUCGAUAACCCAUCGGGUUGCAAAAUAUCGCGAUAUAUCGCUGUAUCGAGAUAUUGUCACACUCUUACUGGGCACUGAGAUCACACAGAUUUUGCUGCUCGAAAACAUUUUCUAUGUAGCCUUGUUUUGGAUCAAGAAUUGUUCCUCCGUCGUCUGUUUUUUGCCUUGUUUUUGACCAUUGUCGACGAAUAAAUUGUCAACCUGUUUUCAGUGAGCCUUCUUCAAACUUUUGGAACAUGGAGUCAAAUGGAGUUUGGAACAAAGGGGUAACACAAGAGGUGAACGCGCGGAAUAUCUGCCCUCCCAGUUGGCGCACGUAAGUGUUAAGCAGCGGAGCACCACUUCUUUCGGCUGUUGCCGUUUUCUGUGCGACUUGGCCCGGGGGGUGAAUUCCAACAAUAUGAAGAUCGAUAUGAUAGAAAAAUAUGAGCGUGGGGUGCACAUCCGUGAAAUGGCUCGCUCAACAAUAACGCUCUAUGACGGUCCUCCUCCGUUCGCCAGUUUUUGUAAGUUAAGGUGGCAAUUAUUAUUGUGGUAACAUCGCCAAAGAAAUCGUCAGCUUUCUCAUCUUUUAUUCCAUCAACUUGUGCCUACUGUCCCCCACAGCAAGUAAACUAAGUGAAAGUGAAAAAGGCUCACUCAGCCACACGAUGCCUUCAAGUACACCACGCAAAUACUUUCGCCACAUUAGAACCCGGUUUGUUACAUUAUUAAAGGUAUCAUUAUUAUUAUUGCUUUUAUUAUUAUUCCGAUAUCAUUCAUAAUGUGUUUGUUUUGCUCUUUGUAAUUGAUAUUUGCAAUAGUAACGAUAUUUAUUGAACAUUUAGUGUAAGUUUUCGGGCUAUGGAAUUAAAUGGAAUUAUAAUGUAUUCGUAUGGGAAAAUCCUGCUCGACAUACGACCAUUUCGACUUACAAACAAGGUCCUGGAACGAAUUAACUUUGUAUGUAGAGGUACCACUGUAUAUCCGUCAUGAUCCGCUGCUGGUUAGAUUUUGUUUCCUUGGGAGCAUUCUCGACAUCGCACCAGCAGCGAGUUCCAGCUAAUCAACACUAAUAUAUAAAUGAUGGCGAACCAAGACAACGAUGCCGAGAGAUUAGGUUGCUGGUCGCCAUUCACACAUACUGUUUUUGAGUCGCUUUGUAUUUGUCAUCUAGUUCGUCAGACGUCUUAGUUUUGUGAUCCUCUGCCUUGUGCAGGUAUUGAGUGUAUUUUUGUCUUUUUGGCUCUCUGACCACCGCUCAGUUUUCGCGUUAUUGAUCCCCGUUGACCUAUUUGUCACGGACCUCUUUUGAUAAUCCCUUUUUUCCGCGGUGGCGUGUUUUGUUUUUUAUGUGAUUAAUAAAUCCCCGAACGCUUCCCCUCUGUUGACUGGUUUUGGGUCCAGUCUUGUUCUCUGUAUUCGCAGACCGUAACAAUAUCAAACUCCCAUGUAAUACAUUCAAACUGUUCAGACCAUAAGGACACUCAGAUUCCUAUUCUAUGCGUCAAAGCAGCUGAACAGGACAAGUUAAAUAAUAAAAUAAACACACUGAGGAUGUUGUGUUACAGUGUGCCACUUACCACAACAGCAACCCAAGUGAACCACUUCUCUCGCACCCAAGCAAACCGUGAGGGAAAGUUCCAGGACUUUGAAAAGAAAUGGCAAUUCAAGCACAUCGCAUCCAGUCCUGGGCACGUCCAGUCAAAUGGUCAGGCGGAAGGACUGUACACUGUGAAAAAGUCGCUGUUUGAACAUCACAACACACCACUGGAUGGACUUGCUUUUGUCACAAAAGGUGUGUGAGGCUUCUUUUUAUAUCAACCUAGCUCCACUGGCAGAAAAGGGACACUAAACCGUUUCAAUUUCAAACACCUUUAUUUAGGAAAGACUUAAAAACAUUUUUUUAAGCAGCAUUCUAAAAGACAUAAAAUGAAUAUCCAGUUAAAAUCAGGUUAAGGUCUCGGCCUGGAGGCACGCCUGUCCACGUCCGUCCAGGCAUCCUGGCGUCCGUAUGGGCUCCCUCUGGGCCGCUUGUGCCUAUCUGUGGUGGCUCCCUCCCGCUUGUCUCUGUUCCGUUGAUUGCGUGCAUCCAUGGUUUGAGGCCGUGGCGGCUCCCUCCAGGCUGCCUCGCCAAUCUGGCGUCCUCUCAUACACCGCAUUUGUUCCUAUAUAAGUCGCAUUGGACUAUAAGCCGCAGGUGUCCACAAUGUGUUUAUUAUCGGGUGACCAAACGUCCUCCUUUGCCCGGACAUGUCCACUUUUUACAUCCUGUCCGGCGGGGUUUUAUAAUUUCUUGAAAAUGUCCGGCUUCUCGACUGAUGCUUUGCACAGAAUACUACAGCACUAUGCUGCCAGUGACGUGAUCACAGAGAGCCUGCCCAUUUGUUAAGACUAGUGUUCAAUACCUAUAAAAUCAAAUGCUCAUGUACCAAAAGUGUAAUUAAGUCGAAAAUACAUUUAUUCUACUUUGGAUACAAAUUUGCGCACACGUGAGCAGUCACAGACUGACUUUAUCAUCGCGUCAACUGUCAAUUUUAAUUCACAAACAAACCUUCGUGAGUCGUGCCGACAGGAGCUUACAGGCUAUCGGUAUUUUCACUUGCUAAACUUACCUUUCGGCAACUGUUGCCUUCUGUCGGAGCUUUGUACUGGUGUGAUUUGUAAAAUCCCGUUUGGUGUCGCAUCGUUACCCAGCUGAUUUAUUUUAUUUUGUUUGCGUGUAAUUUAGAACAUUGAAUGAGAAUAAUAACAGUGGGAAUAACAAUUUUUCAUCGACAAUUGUAGUGAUAGUCUGGAGGCUACGGUUUGAUUUACAUGAUUUCACUGGAAAGAGAAAUGAGCUUUUUGUUAAGGCUGGAUUUUCGACAGAAUAGGUAUUAUUUAGAACAUUAUUUCAGAUUAUUUAUUUGUUCAGUAAGAAUUGAAAAUACAGCUAUUAUGUUGGUCAAGGAUUCGCCAAUACAGAAGAGGCCUUUUUUUUUUAAAUCACUAUUUAAUUCCAGUGUUUUUUUGUUGUCGUUUUUUGCGUUAACAUUUUAGGAAUAACAAAGCCUGUUCGGUAACCGCUGCGAAAUUGAAUUUUCUAUAUUUGUUUUAUUUUUUGAUAAAACUGAAAUUUUCUAUACAGAUGGAGGAGGUAUACUUUAAAUAUAUUAAAGUAAUAAGGCAUCUUUAAGUGAACUUCAAGUAAAAUUCAAGUGUCUUGAGGCCGGGCCGAGUAUCCUGCUUUUUGGAAAUCAAAAUAUGGUCGCCAUAAUUUAUUAUAUUAUAUUUACAGACUAAACAUCUUUAAACAUCCACAUGUAAGCAGAGGUGUAGCAAGGGUCCCCGGGCGGCCCAGGCAACAACAUGGGGCCUUUCAAGCGUGUGCAAGUAAGGGGAUAAGUUGGAUUUGGAGCAAUAGCAUAUUUAAUAAAAGUCUAAUAACGCCUCGCUCUCAUAUACUUUUUAGGACACUCAAAGAGCCCCCCCAAUUGCAUUAUUCAUUCACUCCACACUCGGUUUGCCUAAUGGGACGCGACGCCUCUGCAUGUAAGCCAAACCAGACUAUACAGGAUUCAAAGCAAGGAAAAUAGUAUCGAUUUAUAAUCUGAAAAUUAUGGUCAAUACGUUUUUUGUGUACAUUGUUGACUACUUAAAAGGAACUAACACACCUGAUUUGAAUGUUUGUCUGGGCAAAAAUGGGGAAAUGGGUUAAUUGCAUGAGCAAUUUUAGCUGUUUUUUUUUUUUCUGCUGAGUAUUACGGUGAUGCAAUUUCCCUUCUCAGUCACGACAAUUGCAAAACGUGUGAAUGUGACGCAGCCAGGGAUUACAAGAAGCGGCGUGCUGUUUAUUUUUACCACGUAGUGGGCUAAUUUUAGCAUCAUUAGCGGAUCAUAAUAAACAUAAAUGAUGCUCCCCCCUCUUUCCACCCACAUGGAACUCUUUGCCGUUUCCGGUCUGUCGCAAUGACCGAGGUUAAAGAAAGUUGAGGUUAACCCUCACAAUGUGCUCGCCCUUCAUUUGAAAAAAGAAGUCAUAAAAGAGCAUGAGUCAAGCUUGUCUAGUUUUAGUAUUUGACUAUGUAACUGGAAGGUGACUACUGAAGGCAUUAGUCAAAAGUAUUUUUUAAUUCCACUGAAAUUAAGAGUGAAUUGAAUUUCCACUUUGACCUUAAGGCCUGUUUGUCAGUCAUUUCCUCAACCUUCGGUUUCCGCAACAAAGUUGACAUUUGCCACAUUGUGAGACCCUAAAAUGCCUUCAUAAAUUAAGUUUCAUAUGGAGUUGGCAAGAGCGGCAUAGGUCCUCGAAGUUGAAUCUAAAGCAGUGAUGUCAAACUGCAGUGGGUCCCGGUCUUUGUUCCAACGGAUCCAGCACAGACUGUUCAACCUAUGUGGUUUCUGCUAAAACAAGAAGCACCCCCAAUGCCAGUGUUGUGCAUGAACGCAUUCAUAUUGUGGGCCAACAUUAACUUAACGCAUCAUAUUUUUGUUCUAUGAGCAUUACUGUGAGCGUGCUCAUUCUAACGGUUGUGAGCGGCACCUCAUCACCUUCAUCACUUCAUUCAUUGUCAAGGAGUGGUGUUGUGCUGCAGAGAACAUACGUGACUACUGCAGUAUAUGUGAUGUUAACUUUUUUAUUUUUUUAUGCACCGUAACUCUUGCGCACAUCUCACUCGAUAUAAUCAGGGGUGCACAUAAGUGGUCCGCAUGCGCACAUGCAUACUGGACGUAGACAAACGCGCUGGCCCUCAACGGUUUCCAUACGCUUUUGCGUACCGAUGGCUGACCACUGUAUUUGCGGCGGACACGAGAAAAUAACUUCUCAAAAUGUCAAAGAGGCAGGCCACACUGAGUAAUUACUUCCGUGUUCCCCCACCCCCGUCAAAAGACAGACAGACGACAGAGACGUCACCGGACCUCCCGAAAAAAAGGACAUUUGCUGAAAAGUGGCUACAGGAGGUACCAUGGCUAGAAGCAAAUGAUGCUCGCACGGAAAUGCGGUACAAAAUGUGCCGUGAGAAUCCCAAUGUCGCCGAUAAGAGCAGCGCAUAUUAUGUAGGGUGAAAGAAUUUCAGCCAUCCAAACUUUGAAAAGCACGAAAAAAACCAGCAUGUGGCAAUUAAGCAAACUAUCGAUGUCAAACAGGACCCCACUCGCCCUAUGGACAAGUAAAGGUAAUGAACAGCGACAUGCACUGACAAACGUGUUUUUACUCCCAUUUUACAAAGCUAAACAUGCACGUUCAAUGAGGUCUUAUGAGGAGGACAUCCCACUUUUAAAAACGCUUGGAGUUAAUGUGGGAGCCGCAUAAUGCCCUUUAUUUUGAACUGGUGCUUUUUAUUUCUUUACAUUUCACUUCAAAGUAAUGGCAAUUUUGUUGUGCCAGUUGAUGUUAAUCAAGCAUUAAUUGUUAAUAUAAUUAAUUAAAGUUAACUGGCUCUAAGUAAAGCUUGUCAUAAAUUUAUAGCAUCAGGCGGGUUGGCUCUCAAGCUCAAUGAGGACCAAGUCACAUCUCCAGGUCCUCCUCUGAGAACCUGGGCAAAAAAAUUAUGUCCACCCCUGGAUAUAAUAUAACCUAUCAUGUAAUAAAGCAGUGAUUUCCCCCAAGCAGUGUUUGUCACUAAGCGUUACUGUAAUCUGAUUGUUUUAGUAACGAACAAUCUAACAAGUUCAUUUUUCCAAACCAGUAAUUUGAUUAAAGUUAGUUUCCUUAACGAGGGCUAUGCGCAGUGGUGGCAACCUCUCCACCCGUGCGUGGUAAAAAUGAUUCAGGACAGCAUGUCUUGACGUUCAGCCAAAACCAGCGUAUUUAUUUCAGCAUUCACAACUUAUAACACAUACUCGCAUGGGUGCGCUCCACACAGCUCUCAGUGAUGGGCAGGAUUACGUCACAACAAAAAGCAUUGAGCACACAUUUGCUACCGUAAUAUAUUGAAUAAGGGCGUACACGUAAAACAAUGCUUCCUUAGUGACUAUUUUGCAAUUGCCUCAUAAUGUAUUUAGAAUGAAGAAUACUGUAGUCAUGUACAAAGAGCAUUUUGAAUAGAAAAUGUUGCUUUUGAGUUUGGAAGUGACAUCAUAUGUUUUCUCAGCGGGGUACAAAAAGAAAUGAGUCACACCAUGCCGUGUGAGCGCUGAGAGUCUGCGGCCAUAACGACAUAGCCUAGCUACCUCAUCAGGUUGCAAAUAAUGAAAGAGGCUGGAGAGGAGAGGUACCACGGACGGCUGCAUUUGGAACACUGGAAAUACAGCCAUGGUUUAAUAUUUUCGUCCAGUAAAGAUGACAAAAUAUCUCCCUGCGUUGCAAACUUUGCACUGGCUAAAAAACACUGUCGACCUCUAAAAACCCCUAAUCCAGGUCAAGGAACCACUUGGAAUUACAGCACAGCACAACUCGAACCAAUGCCUACAGGUAACGAGACAGCAGGCACUUCUACAGUUUGUAACCAGCCUUUACGUACAUUUUAUAGUCAGUUUGUAACCAUAGGCAGAGUUUGACUUUUGUGGAAGGGGGGGCAAAAAAUGUUGAUGACCCUGAAACAAAAGUCCCAAGUCUGGACACGCCUCAUCAUUUAUGAGUUUUCUAUAUUUUCACUACUAUUUUCAUUGUAAAUUCUUACUAAAGGUAUCAAAACUAUGAAUGAACAUGUGGAAUGAUGUACUUGGCAAAAAAAAAAAGUGAAAUAACUGAAAACAGGCUUUAUAUUCUACUUUCUUCAAAGUUUGUUCAAUCUGUUUCUGGACCAACAGCAGGGGUUAAUUUGUGCCGGAACACGCCGGAACAGGAUCCACCACCUCUUGAUUUUGGCGUCCCUGUGUUCCGGGACUUACUUGGGCAGAUCCGUUACCUCUCGUGUGUAGAAAAUAAUAAUAAUAUAAAAACUUUUUUUUUUUUAAUGUAUUGUAUUUUAACGUUGACAAAGAGUCUAACGCUUAGCUACAGCCCCUUUCACAUGCUCUGAAACACUGGGAAUGUCGCGGGAUUAACCCGUGUAGCAGUUGUGUGUGAAAACAAUAUCCGUGUCGACUGACACAGAGAUUACGCGGGUAUUAGGCGGUUCGUGUCCUAGUGUCAUGUCCGUGACUUAUCCAGGAAGCGGUGUGCGUGAAAGCAGGUGUUAAAUUCCAGGGAGCACGAUGGCUGAUAAAGCUAAAUAUCAUAGCGGGUUAUCGUCACUUCCUCCCUCUUCGCAGUAAAACGCAAAGCGGUAAACAUUGCAAUUAUAAACAUAGCAAGCGAGAAAUAGCUAAAUUAAAUUGAAAACAUAACCAAAUUAAAAUGUCCAAAUAUUACGUUCGGGUCAGGCCAGGCCGGGCUUCUCACUCGCUAACUUUUUAAAAUAAAUAUAUAUUCAUAUAUGUAUAAACAUGUAUACGAUUUUUGGAUGUUAAACUAAGAAAUACUUGUUAUAAGUAAAUAACUUGAAUAAAAAAGCAAAGGCGCAGUAUAUGGUCAUUGCAAACAGUAUAAGUGCAGAACCAGAGCGUGCCAUGCCCCCUUUUUAAUCUUCCCCUCUGUGUGUCCGCAAAGCCGCAUCUGCUUAUUUAGAUUUAACAGACUUUUCCAGCCUUAUUUCGUUGUGUAAAUGCAUUUAAAAUGAUCAUAAAAAUAUGUAGACUAUUUAAACAUUGAGGAAACUUGCGAUUUUUUUCUGCCAACUGAGAAUUCGUUACCUUUUACGCAGACAUUGUCACAAAUGUGAUCCUUUUUAAUCUUCCCCUUUGUGUGUCCGCAAAACCGCAGCUCUUUGUAUUUAACAAACUUUUCCAGCGUUAUUUCAUUCUUUAAAUGCAUUUAUAAUGAUCAUAAAAAUAUGCAGACUUUUUAAACAUUGAGAAAACUUUUUUUUUACCAACUGAGAAUUCGUUACAAAAGGCACAGGCAUCGUCACAAAUGUAUUAACACAAAACGCAACCAGUCUGUUUUCCCAAGAAGCAAGCAGUGUUGUCCAGGUCUGACUGGCGCAUCCCACCCUUUUCAUCCUUAUCCUGAGUCCUCACAAAUAAAACAUAAAAUUUCAAGAGGUUUGGGGGUUUGAGCUUGAGCUUACAAAUAAAAUAUAUAAUGUUGUUGUUUUUUUCGGGCUUGACCCUUCAAAUCAAGUUAAUUGACCGGGCUCGGGCCGGGCUUUAAUGCCCGCUCGGGUCGGGCUGGAUUUUUUAGGCCCCAUUUUACCACUUGCCACCACUUACAGUCUUGGAGAGCUUAAAUUGGCUGGAGUUACGACAAAAAUUACGUACAUGACCGAUUUAUAAAAUCGCGCCAGCAGCUCUCCCCGCACAGAGAGCGGUAGUGGGCAACGCGGGACAAGUCUGUGAAAGCGUCCAAGCCGCUUCGUUCUCGGGACAUCUUUUCAUCCCGCGUCACUUUACAUGGGAAUUUCCCUGGAUAUGUGUGUGAAAAGGGCUGUAGUGAUAUAUUUGGUGAUGAGUCCCGAGCCAUGGAUUAAUCAUCAAUAGCAAUGUUAUAUCGCUGACUGUUUACUGUCCCACCUUUGUUUAUAUGGGCAAUUGCCCGUGCUGUGCAGAAUAUAUCCUAAAUAAUUGUAAAUUGUUGUCAUAACAUUUAUACCCUGGAUAUUAUCUGAAAUAGAGGCUUGUAAGUCCCACAGCAUGGCA